AUGGCUGGUGCAUGGAGUGUCCUCAAGUGGACGGCGGCCCUGCUUUAUCUGCUCAACUACAAACACUCCUUCUUUCAAUGGCAUCUGCGCUUCUUCUGGCAGUGUAUCAAGCACACAAUCACCUACAAGCUGAUGGGCGGUGCGCAGAAGUCCCGGAUAGCGGCUAGUACCAACAGCAGAGAUCUGUGGGCGUCCAAGACAUACCAAGCGCGUGCCUCUCUCGGCGAUAUUGACUUCAACUUUCACAAGUCCAACAGCACGUACGCAGCAGAUGCAGAUAUGGCGAGAACAUCCUUCUGUUUGCAAAUGUUUGAUCAGCUCAUGAUUGGCAACUUUAAACUCUACGUUGCGCUUGGCGGCGUAUCGUCGCAGUUUCGCAAGCAGAUUGACAUGUACGAGAGCUAUACGCUCGAGACCAAGAUCUUGGCAUGGUACGGCGCUCCUGCUACGAGCGACACUGCUAACACUAGGGACGAAAAGUGGCUCUUCUUGUCGACACGCUUUGUCGGCGCCAAGAAUGAGACAAAGGCACAGAUGCUCUCGCAGUACAUCUUCAAGCAAGGCCGCGCUACGCUAAGACCUGAGACUGUGUUUGAGAAGAGCGGUUACAGACUCACUGAAGCUGAUCAUGCGAAAAACAAGGAGCAGGUGAAGCUGGCUCAAGGUCUCCUUGCUCUCAAGGAUGUCGCUGCACUUUGGUAG